UUCUGCUCUUUCCAAGAGUGGGGACCAUUUAUCUCGACUGGUGGAUAAAACCAGAGUCGGCGGUGGUCGAUGUUGGAAGGGGCGGGCGCAAAGGGCUCUGUGGGUCGAGACGUCGCCGCCGAGGGAUGAAGAGGAUGAUGAAGGAGGAGGAGAUGGUACAGUAGAGACGAGGGCGGGGUUUUUUUCCUCCUCCGUAGCAGCAGCAGCAGCAGCAGCCGGCGCAUGUCCUGUAGACUCUCCCGACAAAACAUGAGCUUGCACACAGAGAGAGGAAGGAGGUGAUGAGAGGAGCUGCUCCAGCCAGAUGAUGCCAUCUCACCUUCCCCUGUGCAGCCUGUCGAUCCUCCUCUGAGACUCUGCAGCCCGUUUCUCUCCCCCUACAUUAUAGCUGCGCCUCACUGAGCGGCCUGCAGCUGCGAGCUUGCUCUGGAUCCAUCCCCAUCUGCAGCCAUGUCAGACUCCGAGGACAUGACGGAGUUCGCCAGCAUCGUGGAGCGGAUCGAGCGGGGAGAGAUGCGGCGAAGCAGCGGCGCGUUGUCGGUCCCGAUCAAGAACAUCGAGCGGGAGCUGAUCUGCCCCAUCUGCAAGGAGCUCUUCACCCACCCGCUCAUCCUGCCCUGCCAGCACAGCGUCUGCCACAAGUGCGUCAAAGAGCUGUUGAUGCUGAACUAUGAGGACUCGUUCGAUGCUGGUUCUGAGAGCUCGGUGCCGGGCAGCCCGCGGUCCAGGGUGCCUUCCCCCUCCAUGGAGAGGCUGGACAGGCUUGUCAGAUCAGGUCCCAGGAAACGAAGUGGAAAUACUGGCUUGCAAACUGAGAUAAAUCCAGCACUCCUCUCUUCCCCUGUUCCCCAAAAACGUUCAAUCUCAUCUCCGGGCUGGCGCCGAGGGUCUGUGACUCCCCGGGUCACCGCCAUCCCAUGCCCUGGCUGCCAGCAUGACAUCGACCUGGGAGAGCGCGGCAUCAGCAUGUUGUUCCGUAACUUCACCCUGGAGAGCAUCGUCGAGCGUUACAGGCAGGCUGCCCGCGCGGCCGUUGCAAUCAUGUGUAACGUCUGUAAACCUCCAAGCCAGCAGGAGGCAACGAAGAGCUGCAUGGACUGCAAAGCUAGCUACUGCAACGAGUGCUUCAAAUUACACCAUCCCUGGGGCACCCCCAAAGCCCAGCAUGAGUAUGUUGGUCCCACCACAAAUUUUAGGCCAAAGGUGCUCAUGUGUCCAGAGCAUGAGAUGGAGAAGGUGAACAUGUACUGUGAAGUCUGCAGACGGCCGGUGUGUCAUUUGUGCAAACUGGGAGGGUCCCAUGCCAACCACAAGGUCACUUCGAUGAGCAGUGCUUACAAGAUUCUCAAGGAGAAACUAGCAAAGAGUAUCCAUUAUCUCAUCAGUAAAGAAGACCAGGUCAGGACUCAGAUUACUGAGCUUGACCGGCUCAUCAGUCAGACCGAGGAAAACGGACAGCUUGCAGAGCGUCAAGCCAACGAACAUUUUGAACGUCUGUUUGAGACUCUUCAAGAAAGAAAAUCAGAGAUGCUGAAAUCCAUUGAACAGUCCCGUAACAGACGCAUAGACCAACUGAAAGGCCAGGUGGAGGAGUACCAGGGUAUGUUGGAGAACAGCGGCCUGGUUGGCUACGCCCAGGAGGUGCUGAAAGAGACUGAUCAGUCCUGCUUUGUCCAGACUGCAAAGCAGCUACAUGUCAGGAUUCAAAAAGCCACUGAAUCACUAAAGACCUUCCACCCCUCAGCUGACCCUUGCUUUGAUGAGUUUGUACUGGACACGUCCAAAGAGGAAACUUUGCUGAAAGAGAUGUGCUUCGGUGGAGUCCCAGACCCUCCUCUGAUCGAUUGGUCCCGCAGCAGAGUUUACAACGAGGCCUCAAUCUGCUGGAGGCUCCCUGAGGACCAUCUCCCAACAGAUCACCAUGUUCUAGAGUACCGCAAACUUGGGGGACAAAGCCGGUCUCCGUCUCCAGGGAAUGGAGAGGACAAUGGCGUCUGGAGGGCUACAGACAGGGUGUAUGGGUCCAGUGCUCUGGUGCACGACCUGGAACCUGACAGUCAGUACGCCUUCAGAGUUCGAAGCUGCAGAAACUCCAUGUUCAGCCCGUACAGCCCACAGGUCUCCUUCCACUCUCCACCUGCACCUGUUUUUAACUUCCUGUUCAGUGACAAGUGUGGAUUCAGUACUGAGCGCCUAAUUUUGAACAAUCGACGGGAUGCUGUGGAGAGCGUGGCGGGUAUGGCUUUCCUCCUUUCAGCAGAACGUGUACAAACUGGCAGCUACAUCGGUCUGGACUACAUCAUUGGGGACACGGGCAUCUCCCAGGGGAGACACUACUGGGCCUUUAAGGUGGAGCCUUACUCCUACAUGAUUAAAGUUGGUGUGGCUUCUGAUACCAAGCUGGCUGAGUGGUUCCACAACCCAAGAGACACAAGCAGUCCAAGGUAUGACCAUGACAGCGGACAUGACAGUGGCAGUGAGGAUGCAUGCUACGAGCUCUCCCAGCCCUUCACACUUAUCACCCUGGGCAUGGGAAAACUCUUUAUCCCCAAGGCCUCUUCUUCCUCCUCAGUUUCCAAUGCAAAUGCAUCAUCCGGCGACCCAGGUAACCGCGUGCUUCCCAUGCCGCAACGCCUGGGAAUAUGCUUGGACUAUGAUGCACAUCGGGUGUAUUUUUACGACGCCGACACCAUGAGGUGCCUUUUCGAGAGGCAGGUCGACUGUUCGGGAACGAUGUUUCCAGCCUUUGGUCUCAUGGGCAGUGGAAAGGUACAGCUGGAGGAGUUUAUUGCUGAAAAACUGACCUUCUGAGAAAGAAAAGGAAGAUGUUGAUACAUCAAGACUUUAAUAAAUUACCUUUUUCUUGGGUAUUUUUCUGUGAAAACCUCGGAGGUACGUUGUCCUGUGAGGGUAAAAUUCAACCAUUUUUCUUAGCAAUGGGCCAGUUAUCAGCAGGGCUUCCCUCUCUCCCCACUCUGUGAAUGAGAUGACUGGUCCAGCACGUCCACAUGCAGAGGUCUUCAAAGAUUGAUAUGAAAGAUCAUCUUUGUAAACCAAAGUCUCUGUAUCUGUGAAUUGUAAUUGACCUGCUUUUAUUUACCAGCUGAAAUCAGCUCUUACUGAAGCGGCUACAGAAUAAGUAGUCACUUUAAACAUUUUAACCUGAAACAACUUACACUGGAACACUGCUUUAUUAUUCUAGAUCAUUUCUUGUUUUUUAAGUGGUUGGUGGUUCUGUGUGAAGGUAGCAGCAAAGGCUUAGAUUCUAGAGGAUACGAGGGAAGGUUGCUGCUAGUUUUGAAGCUAGCACCUUUGUGCCUUUUUUCCUCCCCUCCCCCUUUUUUUAAAAAUAAAACAAUCACAGAAUUACAUGGUUGUUAUAUCUAUCAGUUUACUCUAGUUUAUCACUGAAAACACUAUUACUGUCAAUGUUGGCUGUUUUGCACAUGAGUAAAUUGAUGCACAUAAUCUCGCUUUCAUCACUGCUUAGUUAUUUCUUUUGUCGUUAUCGAUAAUUGCGAGCACAGUGGUAAACACAUGGAUGUCUUGCAUUCACAUACAACUUGUUGUUGUAUUUAAUUAUGUGACUGUCACUUUUUUUAUUGGCACAAAACACUAACUUUAACUUAAGUGUUGUCCAGUUACCAAAAUCUGCUGUACUUUAUAACUGCGAUACCAUGAACAGCCUGAAGUCUUUGGCUACGGUGCUUAUUCAAGUGCAACACACAGCUUUGUCACCUCACAGCCUUUUAACAGUUUAAAGGAAGCAUUUAUUCAGGUUUGUCCAAAAAGUGCUAUCACAAAAUGGUACCUUAAUUUUGGUGCACAGCCAUUAGGUGUAGCAUGUUAACCUCUUAACUGUCAUGGAGUAGUUGCUGUUGAAUUCUAGGGACACAUUUGAUGGACUAAAAAGUUUGUUUGGACAACACACUUCAGCUGGUUAACUUUUUUUUUUUUUUUUUUUUUUUUUUUUUUUAUGUGCCUGCACAUGGGUUGGUUUGUACAUCCAAGUGUAUAUAGUGAGAUUUCUGGAUGGUUAGGGUAACUGGUUUGUGUGUGUUUUCUCAGGUUUUUAGCCCAGAUUUGGGUCUGAAGCUACCUACCUCUGUCACUCUUCCCUGGAAAACCUUAACUGCUGUCCCUUUCCUGAAAGAAACUUCUUGAGUUGAUUUAUAGCUUCUUUUUUCUUCUUAUGUUUCUAAUAAUUUUGUUUAGGUAAGACAUUAAGCUGACAUUUUUAUUUAAUGUGUACAUACUAAUCUGGAAAUUGUUUUCAGUGGAAUAAAGUAAAUCAUAAAUGUUUGGGUGUUACUGUAAGGAGAUGUUGACGUGUUCAGCUGCAUUUUGUCAAGGGAUUUUUUUUCUCUCCAAUGGAACAAACUACUUCUCUUCCUGUUCAGUGUUCUUUAGACUUAAUUUUUAGUGUAUUUUUUUUUAAUCAAUAACUGAUAUCUCCAAUUUCAAAGAGGAAUAUUCAGAUAGUGGCGGUGUGCAUAUUUUGUCCUACGUGAUUUACAUCCGUUUUCACUUCAGUCCUCACAGACCUAAAAUCAUAUCCAAAUGUACACAAUCUCCAAAAUCUAUGCAUUUAAUAAUUGGCUGAAAGAGUUCAGUUUUAGUCAUACACAGAAUGUAUUGAUCACAGAACAAAUGGCUGAAUGUUCUUCUAUAUGCAAGAUUAGUUAAGAGUUGCAGCACAUAUGUCAUAAUGCUUAACAAUGUAUUAGACCUUAAAUAAUAAUGCAUCCUGUAUAUUGCAUUUGUCAUAGAUUUGAUUCUUAAUGAUUGCACAGAUUGGCUCCCUGUUUAAAAACAAUGUUGCACUUUAGUGAUCUGCAGCACAUCUGCUCUGCAGGUGUGUUUAAUACUAGUGUUGUGUGUGCAGUAGCAUCAGAGGGGCUGUGAGACUGAAGAGUGGACGCCUGAGCCUUUAGUCACAAUUUGCACUGUUUGUAGGCUGUUGUUGUAAAUGGGCUUCUUAAAGAAGAACAUUUUUUAAAAUGCUUCUAAUCGUGUUUUCUUCUGAGGUUGGAUGUGGUGGUGAAUUUCUGUGUGCAUAUAUACUACGUAAACAUAAUUAUGGAAAGGAUGUUUUUUUCUUUUUCUGUGUAGGGGAUAAAGUGAAUAAAACAUUUUAAAUGAAA